GCUACGCGCUUUCCUCGCGACGUGAGAUCGUCGACGUUACGGGAUGGAGGUGGAGCUGGCGGCUGAACCACGUGUACCCUGGAACAAAGCUGAGCAGCCUUCUAUUCUUAGUCCCUACACUGGAUUGUUUACUGGCGGCACAUGUGUCUGUCCGUGUCUUCUGCGCGUGUUGGGAUGUGCGCACUUGCCUGUCAGCCCCACGAAACCGAGAUCAGGGCCAACGCAUUGAUUCACAAUACCAAAGGACCAACUCGCAAUCUCGAUGGAAAGGCGAUCGGAAUGGUCAACGUCUCCCGCACAGGAAAUGACGUCAGAUGCCGAGACGGACAACGGGUUUCACCGAUCGGACCCGCACGAACAAGAAACUUCUUCGAAUGUCUCAUCAGAUGAGUCCAGGAAGGAUGCAGCAGCAACUGGUCUGUCGGAGAGAUCAAAGACUGGCCUGGCGUCACGUGACAGCUUGCUGCUGCUGCGCGCGGUGGCGGAUAAUAACGUGGACGUGGUGUCGUGCCUGCUGGACCUCGGCGCCGACGUCGAUGUGACCAGUCGCGAAGGACACUCUGCCCUGCACCUGGCCGCUGACCUGGGGUACGCUGACCUUUGUGCAGUGUUGGCCGAGCAUGGAGCUGACGUCAACUCCCCGACCCCGGCGGGCCUGACCCCAUUGUUUCUGGCCUCGAGGCGCAACGCCAGGACUGUGAGAACGCUCCUCAGGUUCGGAGCUGAUGUAGGGGUCAUCACCCCGGAGGGCCAGACGACAUUGCACGCAGCUGCGUCAUCGGGGCUUGAUGAUGUCAUCGCAGAAUUAAUUGCGUCAGGAGCUGACGUCAAUGCCGUCAACAACGAGGGUUUGACCCCAUUGUGGCUCGCUGCCAGCUCAGGAUGUCAGAACGCGCUCAGGAUUCUCUUGCAGUAUGGCGCCGAUCCUAACCACGUGCUGGGUGCAGGAUUAGAUGCUCCUCGUCGCCGGCUUGCCUCGGACCUGUACGACUCCGUCGUGGACCAUCACCAGCAGAAAGUACAAAAGCCGCGGGUACACACCCUGCCUGCCUACCAUCACACGCCUUCUCGCGUUCUGCAUCUCCGCCAUAUUGGUGAACACCGCCUUCGCCAUGACGAUCCGCACGAUGAAGAACAUUCCCAGCAGCCGGACAAACAGCAGCAGCAACAUCUUUCAGAACCGCCUCCAGUAGAAGACUAUAAUUCCUUAGAAUACACUUUUUCUCCAUUCGAAGGUUCCAGACAGGGGAUUCCUCAACCCAGGGAAGUAGUUAGCCCUUACCUUGUCUUCCAACUGCCUACCACCCAGGAAACAGCCACCCAACAAUCAAGACGUCCUUUACUAGCCUGCCGGCCUGAUCUGGAACACCUGGAGCCAACCUUUCGUGGCAUGACCUCUCUUCAUCGAGCCGCACAGCUGGGGAUGGAGUCGGUUGCGCGCGCACUUUUAGAGGCUGGUGCGCAUGUCAACGCGAUGACAGAGAAAGGAGAGACGCCGCUGCACUUCGCGGCCCUAUACUCGAGCAUCUCGGGACGGGGGGAGGUCGCCGGCUUGGUGCGCCUGCUUGUCAAGUCCGGGGCAGAGGUUGAGGCCAUCAACUGCCGUGGGGAGACCCCCCUGCACCUGGCAGCCUCCGUCGGAGACGCCGUCACCACCGCCAUCUUGGUGUCAGUAGGGGCGAGCGUCCGCGCGGCCGACCUUUGUGGUGACGUCCCCUUGCACAAGGCUUGCCGUCGCCUACUGGCUCCCGAGUCCAACUUUCUACGGACGGUCCGGCUGUUGCUAGGAGCAGCUGGAGCCCCGCCCCCUAACGCGGUCAACCGCGACGGACACGCCCCUCUGCACCUGCUGCUGUUCUGCCAAGAAAGCGCCACCAACCUUGACCUGCUGCGGGAGCUGCUGAAACGUGGUGCUGACGUCAACCUGCGAACCGGGGCCGGGGAACACCCCUUGACCCUGGCCCUGCGGUUCCAGAAGGUCACUUCCGCCAUAGCGUUGCUGAAGGAAGGUGCUGACCCCAACGCCAUGGAGGCUGAUGGCACGACCCCCAUGCACUUCGCCUGCCAGAUGGGUGACGUGUCGCUUUUUCGCCUCUUGGUCCAAGGGAGGCGAUCCGAGUCACGUCAACUCGUCGGGAUUCACUCCCCUCAGAUGCGCCGUGUCAUGCCGCCCGGAAGUGAGAUACGAUAUAGUGCGAGCAUGCGCGGAGGUCGGGGCGGCGUGCAUGCAGCGAUUGGUAGAAACGAAUUUUGUGAGUUCUGGUGACGAAGUAGUUACCUUACCCUCGGGACUAACCGUCUUCCUCCCGAUGCUGUCGUCGCCUUUCCACUACGCGUUCUCCCAGGGUGACAUCGCCGUGAUGCAGCUGCUUCUGACGUCAGGAGCAGUCACGUGCCGAGAGCUGCACGAGACGAGGAGGGCAUGUCUUCUGACUGAUGUCCUGGACCUCAGCGCCCAGGACAGACAAGCUAUCCAGUUCGUGCUGACCUCCGCUGCUUCUCCUCCAUCCCUACAAGUGCUGACACAGUGGAAAAUCUCUCAGCUGGUCGGGUGCCGGUUGGACAGGAGCUCGCGGGUCAACUGUCUGGGCCUUCCGUCAAUGCUGAAAGAGUUUGUUUUGUUUGCUAACUUGUGAACGGGAUUAAAGGCUAACCCGGGAGCAAAAUUAUUUUCAAAAGAUUGUUUUUAAAGUUCAUUAUUGUAUAAUAAUUUGCGAUGUCUGAGUGGAAGAUUCUCGUUUCGUUCGUGAAUUACUUCGCAAAUCCCUGACCUGGGUUUUGCAAAGAGUUCAAAACAUUUUCGGCGACAUCAAAUAGUAGGCUUGCUGAUUUUAUCGCCACACAUUUAAAGCUGUCGCAGCGCCGGCGGCCAUCAAUGAUGCCAGAAUUUUCUAUUUACUGUUUAACUGUAUAUUUCUCUAAAAAAUAAAAUAUUUGUUUAAAGUUAA